UUACGUUUUCUAAGUUCGAACCGAUUUGGUUUCAGUACUUCAGUUCAGUUAGCGGACGUGUUGUUUCAUGUUCCACUUCGGAUGAUAACGGCCAGUUAAUCUUUUUUUUUUUAAUUUAUCGUCUCUCUUUUUAUUUACAUAAUUGUAAAAGAAAAGAGAAAACGAGUAAGUUUGUAGAAAUCAUGGGAAACGUUUUGGGACAUUUGGGCCAGGGUGGAAGGUUGAGGCUCGAAGAGGACGAGAAGAAUCUGGAAACGCCGCCCCGUUCGGCACACAGGUCGUUCCUCGAAGAUCCCAGAUCCGCCACUAUCGGGAUAAAACGCACUCCAAUAACUGUUCUCCAGUACAGGAAACUCGAUUCGAAAAGCCAAUUCGAUGCCGCGGACAGUUUCCAGGAGGACGAGUGCGAAGAGGAAGACAGCGCGAACCAAACAAGCAUCUCGGAAAUCGAGAUCAGCAUCGAAAACCUCGAGAUUACUAAUGGCACGUCUGAAGAGAGCGAAGAUCCUGCGGUUGAUCGGGUCGAGGAUGAUGCCCAAGAGUUAAACGUGCAGUGUGACGCGAAGCCCGCUUUCCACACCCCCCAGCCGAUGGGAAAAAUUUUGGAAAAGACGGGUCGAACUCCACUUGGCCAGAUAUGCACCAACUCACCGUUUUCUCUUAAAGGGCUCAACGAUGGUAAGUCAUGGAAGGGGAUACGCGAAGAGAGACUCCGCCGUGGGAUUAAUGACCCUGAGAACACGCCGCCUCACAUGCUAAUACCAUCGAACGAGGUUCAGUCUGCACCGGGCAAGUUUUUGAGGAAGCCAUUGCUCGUAUGGACCGAUGAUAAUUGAUCUUAAAAAUGAUGUGUUCCAAGGAAAGAAAAAAAAUGUCUUAUUUGUAUUUAUUAAUUAAUUUUUGUCUUUUUAUUGAAAUAAUUGUGUACAAAAUUAGGUGAAAUCCCCAAUCAUUACUUUUUAAAUCCUUCACUUUUUUCUAUUUAAUUAAUUCUUUUGUUAAUCGGGGAAACCACUUAUAAAAAUAA